UUCUAUUAUAUCUCUCAUUCAUUCAUCAAACAAGCAAAACCCAUUAGAAAUCAAGUUAAGCCAUGGAAGAAACUCUUGCCUUUCUCCUACUCACAGUCUCCACUUUCUUAUGCUCCUUUAUCAUUAAGUUUCUCAUGGUUUCUCUUCUGUCUAAGUCUUCUAAGUCCUCUUCCCAUCCCACAUAUGGCCCAAAAUGCUACCCUAUAAUCGGUUCUGCUCUUUCCUUCUACGCCAACAUCCACCGUCUCCCCGAAUACAACACAGAGAUCUUACGUGAAUCUCCAACCCACACCGUCGUCCUCAUCCGCCCCAUCGGUGGCUCGAAGACUGUCAUGACCGCCAACCCCGACAACGUCGAGCACAUCCUCAAGACGAAGUUCCAUGCCUACCCUAAAGGCCCUACCACCCAUUUCUUGCUCUACGACCUCCUUGGCAAUGGCAUCUUCAAUGCCGACGGCGAGACCUGGAAGGUGCAGCGCAAGAUAUCCAGCCACGAGUUCAACACCCGAUCCCUCCGCAAAUUCGUCAACACUGCCGUGAAUUCGGAGAUCUCCAGUCGCCUCCUGCCGCUUCUCCAUUCGGCUGCCGCCGGAAAGACGACGUUAGAUCUCCAGGACGUGCUCCAACGAUUUGCGUUCGAUAACAUCUGCAAGGUCGCUUUCGGCUCAGAUCCCGGGUGCCUUGAUCCCGCCCUCCCUCCUUCCGAAUUCACAUCAGCGUUCAACCUUGCAGUAAGCAUCACAAGCGAUCGCUUUAAAACGCUGUUUCCAGUAGUUUGGAUGAUCAAGCGCGCAUUGGGAGUUGGGCCUGAGAGGAAGCUCAGGGAUGCCAUUCGCGUUGUUGAUGAGUAUGCGAGGAAUCUGAUUCGAGAGAGGAGAAGUCAACCGAUCUCUUCGACGGAAGAUUUGGACCUCCUGUCGAGAUUUAUGAGCACCGGUAACGUUGAUGAGGACUUUCUCCGAGACAUAGUGAUCAGCUUCCUGCUCGCCGGCAUGGACACGACCUCAGCUGCACUGACAUGGUUCUUCUGGCUGCUCUCCGAAAACGAACGCGUGGAAGAGAAGAUCCUGAAGGAGAUUGCCAACGUGAAGGAAGGAGUGGGAUUCGACGAAGCAAAGGACCUGGUUUACUUGCAUGCAGCACUCUGCGAGGCGAUGAGAUUGUACCCGCCGGUGCCGAUCGAUAGCAAGCAUGCGGCAGAAGACGAUGUUCUCCCGGACGGAACUGUGGUGGAGAAAGGGGCGAGGGUGAUCUACCACCCUUACGGCAUGGGGAGGAUGGAAUCGCUGUGGGGGAAGGACUGGUCGGAGUUCCGGCCGGAGAGAUGGCUGCAGAGAGACGAGAAUGUGGAAGGGAAGAUAAAGUUUGUGCCGGAAGAUCCAUACAAGUAUCCGGUGUUCCAGGCAGGGCCGAGGGUGUGCUUGGGGAAGGAAAUGGCCUUCAUUCAGAUGAAGAGCAUCGUCAUCAGCGUUCUCUGCCGCUUCACAGUUGUGCCGGCGGUGGCUGACUUCCAGCCAGUGUUUGAGCUCAGCUUGACGUCCAAGAUGAAGGGCGGAUUUCCGGUGCGGAUUGAAGAGAGGAAGGAGUGUGCAAUUGCCGAAGAAUGAGGCGCAAGUACGUCUAUCGACUGGACUGUAAAAGUAAAGUUCAUUUGCUACAUGAUUCUUACUUAACUAGCGUAAAUGUUGAAGUGUGAGAAUUUAGCUGCCUGCUUGCUUUGCCGAGGCAGAAAUAAAGAAUUUUUUUUUUUUUGUCUUUUUCUUUUGUUGUUUGGCUUUCCUUAUUGGGAUUACUUUAUACAUAGAAUUAGGUUCAUUGUAAAAAUUAAUUUAAAUGGUGAAUACUGUUUUCGUUUUCA